AUGAAAUACCUAGUGGUCCAUGUCCUCACCACAUGCGACGAACAGGGUGUCUACGUGACACGAGACUCCACGGAGAUCAUCGAGGUUGCGUGGACCACCGUUUCGCCAGACUCCAUUUCGCCCAUCCAGUCCACCUUGGUUCGACCAGUCAACACCCCCAUCACUCCGUUGUGCACACAGCUGACAAGUAUUACAUGGGAAACUGCCUCUUCGGGAGUUCUUCUGCAACAGGCCAUCGCUCAGUUUGCUGCCUCCGGCGCCGCUGACGAGGGCACUGUCUACGUGUGUCUGGACUCGUGGGAUUUAAGGGUGCAGUUGGAACGAGAGUCGCGUGACAAGGGUGUGAAGCUGCCUCCCGUCAUGGCUCACCCCAGAGUUUUUGAUCUGGCCAAGGAGUGGGAAAAGUGGGCCACACAGAAAGGCAUGGUUCCUGCCACUCCCACACCUCUGAUCCAGAUUUGCAACUCUCUCGACGUUCUGCCUCCUACCUCUCCCCGGGCCAAAGACAUGGUCACCACGGUGGCUUCAUGCCUACACAAACUGAUGCAUGUGGCUCCCGCUAGAGAAUUUCCCACCGUGCUGACCCGACCACUUGACGUGGAGGCCGAUCUGAGAGCUUUUCUCACCGGAGGAUGCAAGGUGUUGCAUUUGGAAAACCUACCGCUGGACACGACCCAGAGCGAGCUGGAAUCAUGGUUCAUACAGCAUGGCGGACGGCCGAUCGGGUUCUGGACGAUGCGAACACCAGAACAGCAUAAGCCCACAGGUUUCGGGUUCGCCAUGUUCGCCUCACAUGAAGAGGCGGUCGAGGCUCUGGCUCUUAACGGUAGAGCUCUAAACGACAAGGUGGUCGAGGUGAGUCCCAGUUCGGAGCAGGUCAUCGAACGUGCUCAAGAUCUGCUGACUCCCUUUCCCCCCAGCAAAAACAGACCCCGACCUGGCGACUGGACUUGCCAGGUUUGUGGAUUCUCCAACUUCCAGAGAAGAACAGCCUGCUUCCGAUGCAACGAAGCCAUCGGAGUGGGAGGUCACAACGGCAACAUGGGCGGUGCACAAAACGGAUAUCAGAACGCCAACCCUGGCAACAACGGUGGCUACCAGAACAGCAAUGGAGGUGGCUACCAGAAUGGCAAUCAUGGUAACGGAGGAGGCUACCAGAACGGGUACCAUGGCAACCAUAGCAACCAUGGUAACCACGGCGGUAACCGGUCCGUUCCGUUCCGUGCUGGCGACUGGAAGUGCGGCAAAAAUGGCUGCUCGUACCACAACUUUGCCAAGAAUGUGGCAUGUCUCAAAUGCGGAGCUUCUCGAGGAGAAGCGGCGGUUGUGGCCGACGCCAAUUACGUCAGGUUUUACGGUACCCCGGGAAUGGGGCAAGGUAUGGGUUUAGGAAUGGGUCAGAAUUAUAACCAGUAUCAGGGAUACGGCUACAAGGAUGUGAAUACUUGA